AUGACCGAGUACAAGGACGACGGGCGAUUCACGAUCAUCGCAAAUUUCAGGAGAGCUGCUGUGAGAGCUUUGAUCACAUCCAGAAUUGAUUAUGCAAACUCCCUGCUAUGUGGUACAUCUUCGGCUAACAUCCAGCGACUUCAACGAGCUCAGAAUCGUGCAGCCAAAUUGGUAUUCCUUGCCAAGAAGCGAGAUCAUGCCUCUCCCCUUCUAGAUCAAUUACACUGGCUCCCUGUCUAUAAGCGUGUCACAUACAAAAUCCUCACCAUUGCCUACAAAUGCAUCCAUAAUUGUGCUCCACCCUAUCUUAAUGACUUAAUUUCUCUGUACCAGAGUGAAAGGCGUGGACUACGAUCGGGUACUGAUACAACUCUGUUGGCAAGACCAAGAACUGCUACCUCCUCAGGGGACCGAUCGUUCGCUGCUGCCGCGCCACGCCUCUGGAACCAGCUCCCCCGCUGCAUUCGUGAAUCGUCAUCUCUGGGAGCAUUUCAGCGGUCAUUAAAGACAUUUCUUUUUAAUAGUUAA